AUGAAGGCACAAGAAUGGCAAUAUGAAGGUCUCCCUAUAGAACUACCAGUUAAAUGGUCGAAGGAGCCAGAACCUAAAGCAGCUUCCUUGGAUCCUAUCGACCGUCGCUAUAGACGAAUCUACAAUGCAGACGAGGUGGCUGCAAUUGAAGACUUUCCAUUUCUUGCUGCACUGCUGGUUAACAAACAGCUGUGGUGUGGCGCUGUUGUCAUUGACACAGACCGCGUGCUUACCGCAGCACAUUGUUUGCAGUUACAAUACAACAACCGCUUCUUCCGCGAAUAUGUCAAGAUGUUGUCCAUCAGAGUCGGUUCCUCAAAUGCGACAUCUGGUGGCGAAAUGUACCGCGUGUCUGAAAUAUUCUUUCACCCAAACUAUAAGCCGAGCACAUUGGAAUUUAACUUUGCAGUGAUUCGUCUGCACAGAAAUAUAUCUAGCGAUACGAUAGAUGCAAACGUUGCAAAAAUUGAUUAUUCUACUGAAAGGAUUGUACCAACAGACACUGUUAUUACGUUUCUUGGCUGGGGUUCUGUAUUAGGUGUUGGUGGACUGGGUGGCCAAGUUUUGCUUCAAAAAUUGGAGUUGCCAGUUUACGAUCUAGCCGAUUGCCAAGAGAUUUAUGGAAGGGAUUUAGUCACCAGGACAAAUUUCUGCGCUGGGUACAUAACAAAGGCGAAAAAUGUUUGCAAUCACGACGCUGGUGGGCCCGCUAUUCUUAACGGACAACUGGUAGGUAUACUGUCCUUCUCCUCCAAACGGUGCGAUCUACCAGAUCAACCAGCUGUCUUCUCUGCCGUGGGAACAGUAGCCACGUGGUUGGAAAAUCUCGGCGAACACACCAUUAAGCUAACAAAUACUGAAAUAAAAUACCCGGACUGGACCAACAAACAGGAAUAA